CGUUUCUUUUGCUCGUCCUUUUGCAACAGCAUGUCGAGUUUGGAAGAGCCGCUCUUGCCUCCAUACUUUCCCCUCAAGCUAAGGAAAUGCGCUGACGUUGCGGAUACAUUCUUUUCUUGCUACGAGAGGGCAUCACUGCCAAACGGGGAUAAAGAUGUGGCGAGAAAAGCUGUAACAGAAUGCUCUGAGCAACUUGCGGCAUACAAAAAGUGCAUGGAGAAAUUUGUUGGUCCUAGAGCGGAACGACGCUAGCUGUGAUUCACCAAUGCAAUUUCGGAACACUUCCUCCCUGUACCAUAGACCAACCUCCUCGUAUCCUCGUCCCAUGCAGACGCCAUUUACAUCUAUAAUAAUUGGGCAUCCUCAAGAAUCAUCUCGAUACAAAUAAAAUAUUUCUUAUUUACACGGC